AUGUUGGAACGGAAUCCUGAGGAAGGACGGGCCAGCAAGGUCCUCCUUCGAGAACUGUCUCGAAUGAGGGAGCGCCUCGCGGAAUUCGAGGAACGAGAGCGACGAAGGGAGAAACCCCGUCCGUUAGCAAAACUGAAAAGUCACGGAACUGGGGUGCGCACCUCGGCCUCCUCCCACAAGGAUAAAAGGCGAACGCCUGGAACGAGGGAGUCAGCCGGGUUCGUGACGAGUGUCCUAAGAGGAGUCAGCCUUCAACCUUCGGACGACGGCGGGUCGAGCUCUGAAUCAUCCCCAAGUAGCUCCGACUCUACCAGCGACGGGUCGGGUUCGCCCCCCAGUGACUCGUCCAGCGGGUCGGAGUCGGGGGAUAGUAGCUCUGGCUCCAGCUCGAGUUCUGAGUCCGAUGCCUCUAGAUCCGACUCAGAGACACCGACCAAAAGGAAGGGAAGUAAGAAGAGAGCUAAGUCGAGCACCAAGCUGAAGGGGAGAAUGCUGGUGAAACCAAGCCCCCCUGCUCGAUACGACGGGUCGGAGAACGCAGACCUGUACACUCAGUUUGUGGAUGAGGCGAAUCGAUAUUGGGAAUUAGGGAAUGUACCAAAGGCACACCGGGUCCCCAUAAUCGGCUCGUUUCUCGAUGGAGAUGCGAAAGACUUCUACAACCGAAGAAUCCGAGGCCAUGAACACAAGUGGACCCUGAAGAAGAUGCUAAGGGCCCGAUCGGGUGGAGCGCUUGUCGGACGACAUUGCCUGGACAAAUGCCUGAUGGGCAUUCAGAUGGAAUUGAUGGGCAGUCCGAGCGCUUCGGAUGCCAAGGAAGUCACAGGAGGGUGA